AUGCCAUCUCCCCUGGCAGACCCCGUCAAGCUCCCAUGUGGCCUGGUUUUGCCGAAUAGGCUCAGCAAGGCUGCAAUGGCUGAGAUGUUAGCUAAAAAUAACCACCCGACAAAUGCCCUGGUCGAUGCCUAUGAGCAAUGGUCGGACGGUGGAUGGGGAAGUAUCCUUACAGGAAACGUCCAAGUCGACGUAAACCACAUGGGCGGCCCCUUCGACCCAGCCCUACACAACGAAUACAAAGAUAGCGAAACCAACAGCGGCCUAGUCGCUCAAUGGAAGACAUACGCCGACACCUGCCAAAAACACGGCACGCCAGCCAUCGCCCAGAUCUCUCAUCCAGGUCGGCAGUCCUUCCGCGUUGCAGGCCACCGCGGCAUCUUCGCGCCGACACUCGCGCCCAGCGCCGUGCCCAUCAAGGUUGGAAAUAGCUACCUUGAGGGCCUGAUCGGGUGUCUUGUUUGGUCUGGACCCAAGGAAAUGACUACUCAGGACGUUGAGAGGGUUAUUCGUCAGUUUGUCGAUACUGCAAGACUUAUGGCCGAUGCUGGGUUCUCGGGUGUUGAGCUGCAUGGUGCGCAUGGAUAUUUGAUUGACCAAUUCCUCAACAGCAAGACAAACCUCCGCACAGACGCCUACGGCGGCACACCCGAAAAACGCGCCCGCUUCGUCCUAGAAAUUCUCUCCCAAACGCGCAAAGUCGUACCAUCAACCUUCGCAAUCGGCAUCAAACUAAACUCCGCCGACCACAGCUCCGCAACCUUCGAAGAAACAAUGACACAAAUCGCCCUUCUCGCCGAAGCCGGUAUUGACUUUAUGGAAAUCUCCGGUGGAAGCUACGAAGACCCAAAGAUGAUGGGUAGGGACACAGCCAAUCCCGCUGCAGCACCGAAAUCAGCACGCACCGCAGCGCGCGAGGCUUUCUUCCUCGAGUUCUCGAAGGAGGUGCGACAGCGUCAUCCUGAUCUUGUGCUUAUGUUGACUGGUGGGUUCCGCACGCGUGCUGGUGCUGAGGCGGCUAUUAGGGAUGGUGCUUGUGAUCUUGUUGGGAUUGGGCGGCCUGGGGCUAUUGAUCCGAGGUUCCCGCGUCUGUUGCUUGAUGAGAGUGUUGGUGAUGAGGAGGCAAGGAUGGUGUUGAAUAAUGUGGCUGUGCCUUGGUAUAUGCGGUUCCUGCCGUUGCAUCUUGUUGGAGCUGGGGCUGAGAGUGCAUACUAUUCUGGGCAGAUUCAGAGUCUGAGCAAGGGGAUUGCCACUGUUGCUCCUCUGUAG